CGGCCCGGGCCCCGGCCACCGGACGCCCUACUGAACACGACCCUCCUAGGAGCUUGGACAACUGCCCACCUCGGACACCGCACCGGACACUGCCCCCCACAGGGCUGGACACUACAACGGACACUACUUCCCAGCUCCGGACAUUGCUCCCUCCUCCCCCUCGGGCCCUGGACGCUUCCCCCCCUCCCCCUCUGGGGGCCCAGACAUUGAGCCCCCCGCAGGCUCUAGCUAGCGACCCCUUGCACCCCAGCGCCAGACACCGCCUCCUCCCAGUCCCCUUCUCUCUUCCCCUCCUCCCGCCUCAUCUCUCCCCUGCUCGGGUCGGAGCUCCGCCAGUUUCUCUGACCCCCUGCAGCUCGGCCCCGGCUGCCCGCGCCCCCAUCCCCCGGCUGCUCGCCCGGAUGCCUCUCCCCGGGGGAUUGUGGUGGCUCCUCUGCUGCCGUCGAGGCUUUACUCUUCUGCACCGGGACUACGGGGACGGCGAGCUUAGCGGGGACGGGGACGAAGACGAGGACGAGGAGACCUUUGAGCUACGGACCCCGAGUCCAGCGGGCGGCGGGAGGGGACCCCUGGACGUGACGCUGACUCAGCCUGUGAGGAGCGGGCCAGUCUCAGACAGGCUGCAAAGCUGGGAGGAGACGAGGAGCCUCAUUCCGGAGAAGGGGCCUCCAGAAGACGACCCAGACAUCGUCGUGAAAGGUUGGCUGUAUCGCGAACCCCGCGGAGGAGGCGCGCGGCCCUGGUUGCCCCCGCGCCGAGCCUGGUUCGUGCUCACCCGGGACUCCUUGGACCAGUUCAGCAGCAGCGGGAAGGCGGCGCGGCGCCUCGGGAGUCUAGUGCUCACCAGCCUGUGCUCGGUGACCGGCCCGGAGCGCAGGCCCAAGGAGACCGGUCUGUGGUCAGUGACCGUGUCUGGCCGGAAGCACAGCAUCCGGCUCUGCUCGCCGCGCCAGGCCGAGGCGGAGCGCUGGGGAGUGGCGCUGCGCGAAGUGAUUGCCUCCAAGGCACCGCUGGAGACCCCCACCCAGCUGCUACUCAGGGACAUUCAGGAGAGUUGUGGGGACGCAGAAGCCGUAGCACUUAUUUACCAACGGAAUCCGAUUCUGAGGCACACCAGUGGGGCCCUGUAUGCCCCACUCCUCCCUCUGCCCUACGGAGUCAGCGCCCCAGGUCCAGGCUACGCACCCUUGCGGGAGGAGGCGGUGCGGCUGUUCCUGGCGCUGCAAGCCCUGGAGGGGGCGCGGCGCCCCGGGCCCCUGAUGCAGGGUGUGCUCCAGACCUGCCGGGACCUGCCCGCGCUCCGCGACGAACUCUUCCUGCAGCUGGCUAAGCAGACCUCGGGCCCUGCGGGUCCCCCGGGUCCCCCAGCUACCCAAGACCCCGCAGCCCUGCGGUACUGGCAGCUCCUCACUUGCAUGAGCUGCACCUUCCGGCCUGGGGGAGCUGUACGGGGGCAUCUCCUGGGGCAUCUGGAGAGGACUGAGAAGGCGCUCCCGGACUCAGAGCUGGCGGAAUUUGCGCGCUUCAUCCGGAAAGCGCUGGGACGGACACGCGGCCGAGAGCUGGUGCCAUCGCUGGCUGAGAUUUCCGCGCUGAGCCGAAGGCAGGAGCUGUUGUGCACCGUGCACUGUCCUGGGGCUGGUGCCUGCCCUGUGGCUAUAGACUCCCACACCACGGCGGGAGAGGUUGCUAGAGAGCUGGUGGGGCGGCUGGGCUUGACCCGGAGCCGCAAUGCGUUCGCGUUGUACGAGCAGCGGGGGGCCCAGGAGCGAGCCCUGGCUGGGGGGACUCUCGUGGCCGACGUGCUCACCAGGUUUGAGAAACUGGCGGCGGAGGAAGUCGGACUGGAGGACCUGCCGGAAUCCGGUUGGAGACUAUGUCUGCGUCUUCACGGACCUCUGCACCCUGAGGGGCUGUCCCCAGAUGGUCAAGAACUGCCCUUCCUCUUCGAGCAGGACCCUGGUGGGGGCACUCCACAGAAGCUAUGCCUGGGCCUGGGAGCCAAGGCCAUGUCCCUCUCCCGACCGGGUGAGACAGAGCCCAUCCACAGUGUCAGCUAUGGCCAUGUGGCCGCCUGCCAGCUAAUGGGCCCCCACACCCUGGCACUGAGGGUGGGAGAGAGCCAGCUGCUCCUGCAGAGUCCCCAGGUGGAAGAGAUCAUGCAGCUGGUGAAUGCCUACUUGGCCAACCCCUCCCCUGAGAGGCCCAGCAGCAGCCCUUCUCCUCCAUGCCAAGACCUGCCAGACACCUCCCCUCCCAGCCAGCACCCGGGCCUGGAUGAGCCCCAGGGACAGUCUGGCUGUUUGGGGCAGCUGCAGGACUGAGCCUGCCAAGAGGUCAUGACCUUCCUCUUGCCUCCAGCCUGGACCUGGACUGCUCUGAGAUUUCAGGGAAACAUGGACCCUUUUGGCCCUGCAGGGACAGGGCACACCCCACACCCAAGGACUGCAAUGGGUGCAGACAAUUUUCUAGUUUGUUUCUUAAUUUAUUUGUAGAAGAGAAGCAAAAAAAAAAAAUCCUUAUUUACACAAA